GAGACGGUCAGGCAGGGACCAAAAGGAACUCGCUGGAGCGUUCAAAGUCCUCAAUGAGCGCAGAUUAGGUCACAGCAGCGCAGAUGCCAACAGGCUGCACUUGACUUCGAUACAGACACUUGCUGCGCGGAGGACUGGAGCGCACAGCCUCAAACUGCAGGAGAAAACAUGUCUCGUUUUAUCGUCCGACUUUCGCUCGUCAUCGCUCAGAGGGCGGCUGCCAAGUCCGUGUUGUUGCCCAAGACCAGAGUUACUGCUUUCAUCCGCCCUGUCUCCACUAGUUCAGGUAUGAGCUAUUAUGUUAGAAUCGAAUUAGGCUUCAUAGAAUGGAAUUACAUAGCUUGCAUCUGGAUAGGCUACUUUAUUGUCAGUUAAUAUUACGUUUAUUAGAUACUAUUUUAAUAUUCAUAGUCUUUCUAUAAUUCUAAAUAAAUAAACAUGUGUUUUUGGUCCUGUUAUCUGUCACAGGCCUCCUGUCACAUUUUUCAUGGGGACACAUUUGCUCCAAAGAGCAGACACACAUUGUGCUCAAAACUUAGUAGGAAAAUGAAAAGCUUAAAGCAAUUAAUAUAAAAUAAAUAUAUAUAUGACAAAUAAACAAAAUGCAACAAAACGCUGACCAAAUUUUGCUUUUCAACGUGUGUGUGUGCGCGUGUGUGUGUGUGCGCAUGUGUGUGUGUGUGUGUGUGUGCGCGUGUGCGUGUUACAGGCUUGCAAUCACUGACUCGUUAUAAUGCGACGACCGACUGGCAGAAGACACUGACCUCUGAACAGUACGUGGUCACGAGGGAGAAGGGGACAGAGAUGGUGAGUCACACACACAUGAACACACACACACACAUGAACACACACACGCAUACGUCGCCUGUCCUCAGCAUCAAUGACCAUAGACUGACAAUUCAUAAACAUCAGUGGGUUCAGUGAGUAGGUUUGUAUGGACUUUGUUCUUUGUUUAUAGUCUUCCUCAGUGUGGAAGAUAGGAGCAGUUGGUUAAAGAAUGACAUUCAGUAUGGGCUGCAUCUCAAUAGUCUACAGUGGCUCCCUUUCCUCACGUUGGCACUGGUCUGAAAACACAGGCUAGGUUAAAGCAGUAUGGUGGAAACCUAAAAAAAGACAAGAUAUAGUGUUUCUACUCUGUGUAUGUGUCCUCAGCCUUUCAGCGGUCUCUAUCUGAACCAUAGUGAGGUGGGGAUGUACCACUGUGUGUGCUGCGACACUCCCCUCUUCAGGUAACCAUCUAACCCCCCUAUACCUCCCUAGAACUGGUCACACUUCACACUAACCCCUAACGUCUUCAUUUUGACCUCUCUGUAAUCCGAACCCGAAUAUCAGCAUUUUAGACUAGAUCUCUUACUAGACCUCUCUCUCUCUCUCUCCUCUCUAGUUCAGAGGCGAAGUAUGACUCGGGCACAGGCUGGCCGGCGUUCAAAGAGGCUCAUGGGACGUGGGAACGCGACGAGAGCCAUGCAUCCAUCAUCCGUCGCCCUGACAACACCCUGGGUAGCGCAGAGACAGAGGUCAUCUGUAAACAUGUGAGUUCCAUUCUGGGUAAUUAUGCUGAGAGUCAAUCAGACCAUUGUGUACUGCAGGUGUUAGUGUGUGGGGGUGUUGGUGUGUUUGUGUUCUGUCUCCUCUAGUGUGUGGUCUCUGUGUGUGUGCAUCGUUACAGUGUGACGCCCAUCUGGGUCAUGCAUUUGAGGAUGGACCAGACCCCACAGGACAGAGGUUCUGCAUCAACAGCGUGUCUCUCAACUUCAGGCCCAGAGAAUCCAGAGAACCCAGACCCGGCGACCAGUAGAACCCCUUAGAACCGCUUAGAACAAUCUUAAACCACCUAGGCCUGACCAGAACCAACCUUCAAACCCAGAGAACACAAACCCAAGGACCAGUAGAACGCAACAGACCCAAUAUCUAGAUCCCUAACCAUGACCAGAGAUCUCGUCAUCAGGAAUACUGUUUUUAUAUGUCUGUAUUUUUCUGUAACUGAUCAUAGAUGAGCUUGUGACCUAUAUUCACCAUCUUCUCAACCAUAGCCACAACUACUGUACAGUAUAUGUUAAUGGUCACAUUUUGUAAUGUCUGUUAAGGGGUUUUUCAAUCACGUUCACUGGGUAUCCAAGAUUUAACUGCUUUUAACUGAUAGAUGGUCAUUAUGAGGUGACUUCACUAAAACUGCUGUAGGUCCCAUGACAGCAAAGUCUGAAAUUAGGAAUUAAUUCUAAUAUUGUCUCUAGAACUAAAAGGAAACCCCUGCUGUUGCUCAGCAGGACCAGGUUUGAAGACCACCGAUGAAUGACUGUUGUAUGACCACUGUGUGACCACAACGGACCGCAGAUUUAGGGUCUCAUUUGUGGGCAAGUCCUGGGCACUGAACACCAGGGCUUAAUGUCUGCUGUUGUGUACAGUUAGUCUGUAUCUGUGAUAGAACUUAAGGGGUCUACACAGUCUAUGCAAACGGAGCCGACGGAUGUUCAUUUGUGUCGCUCUGUAAGUAGUUCUACGUACAUUUGUGCAGCAGAAUUUUUUGGAACACGACUGUGAGUGUGUAGACCCCUUUACUGUCACUUGAACCAUUCAACAUGGAGCAUAUUCUGUCAAUAAAAUGUAUAUAUUUUUGUUUUCUUCAUCUUGCCUGCUUGGACUGAGUUCUAUUGUGCUCUGUUGACAAAAAAAUAUAGAGUCUCGUGUGUUCUAAAAUGAUCAUAAUUCACUGGAUAAAUCAGCCGAGAUGUCAACCAUAACAUCCAUCCAUCCAUCC